GAGAACACACCUGGACGCCAGCCAGAACUGGAGGUGCGGCUCUCGUGGCGGUCACUUCUCCCAGGUCUGGUGACUUGCUCUGCUCGGAGUUGGAGAGGCCCUUUCACUUCGGCGGAUUGCUCCACAGCCAUGCCCAGGAUCUGGGUUCUCCUGCCUCUGGUACUUGCCUUUAUCAUUGGAUCAUUGUCCAGAAUUAUCAAUGCUCGAGUGACUGAUACCAACUCUGAAGUGUUGGAGUUGAGGGAGAAUGUUACUAAAACUGAGACUCACUGCUCAAAAGGCCUGCAUCUUGGAGGCCAGUUCUGCUGUCAGCUCUGUCCUCCUGGCACAAGGAAAGUUGCUGACUGCACAGUCAAUGGGGAUAAACCAACAUGCAUACCCUGCCAAGAAGGGAAGGAGUACACAGAUAAUGAACAUUAUUCUUCUAAAUGCAGAAGAUGUAAGUUAUGUGAUGGAGAACACGGUUUAGAAGUGGAGACAAACUGUAACCAGACCCAGAAUACCAAGUGCAGAUGUAAACCAAACUUUUAUUGUGACACUUCUGUAUGUGAACACUGUGAGCCAUGCACCAUGUGUGAACAUGGAAUCAUUGAGAAGUGCACACCCACCAGCAACACCGAAUGCAAAAAAGAAAGUUUCAAUUAUAACUUGUGGUGGUUAUUGUUGUUCCUACUACUCCCGAUUGCAAUAGUUUUUGGGCUGAUUUUUCAGGGCAGAUUUUUCAAGUGCCUCAGUAGAAAACAUGGUUACCAUGAAUCGAUGCCCUCCCAUCUGGAAACAGUGCCAAUGAAUUUCCCAGAUGUCGACUUGAGUAAAUAUAUCAUUAGUAUUGCUGAACAUAUGACAAUAAAUCAAGUUAGAGAAUUUGUUCGGAAGAAUGGUAUCAAUGAAGCCAAGAUAGAUGAGAUCAAGAAUGACAAUCUCCAAGAUACAGCUGAGCAGAAAGUCCAACUGCUUCGUAACUGGUAUCAAUUUCAUGGGAAGAAAGAUGCAUAUGACACUUUAAUUAAAAGUCUCAGAAAAGCCAAUCUUUGUGCUCUUGCUGAGAAAAUUCAGGAUAUUGUACAGAAAGACAUUAAUGAACAUGAAAAUGAAAGACAAAGUUUGGCCUAAGGCUCUGUGCUAGGUCUGGCCUAUUUCCAUGGUCACCUCCAGUGAGAAGGCAGACCUUAAUGACACUGUCAAAUGCUGUAUCACAACUUUGAUGAAUGUCCCUAGAAGAAAAGGUGAAGGAAUAGCUUGAUGAGAGAAUUUGACCUUAUUUGUGAAAUCAAGAGAGUGACUGGUGUUCUGAGAUCUCAAGCAAGGAAGAGCAAGAAGCAGGAGCAAGCAAGAGGACAGACAAGGAAGAGCUUCAUCUCUGUGCCAGGAGACCACCAAUAGCCUGGAGCCCAGGAAGCGGGUCGCUGCUGACUGACUCUACCUUUGCCAUAGCUUGGGAAGUUUCCCAUUACAGGCAGGGGAAGUGCAGUGAAUAUUUGCAGGACUGGAGACUAAGAAGUAAUUAACUGGGAUGUUAUAGCAUCUUUUUGUUUUCAGAAAGACCACUUGUUUCAUUUCUUCCUGGUCACACAGCACUAACUGUGUUUGGGGUUCUGUGAGUAGGUCUGUGGGCUCUACAAUCUUGAAAAGACUAAGCCCCUUGUUCCUCUUAGAUGCUCCCUGAGGGGCUGUUUCCCCAGAAGAGAAGGUUGGUUCCAGGGUGAGUAGUAGCAGGAGAGAUGUACAUGUUGUCAGGCCCCUGGGUUCAUGGCCAGGGUACAAUAGCUUGGAUGGAAUAUCCCCAGUGCCUGGACUUGGAUGUUCAAAUCCCUCUUUUUACUAAAAGCCCUGUCUUUUGGUAAAGCUUUCAUAAGCGACUAUAAAAACUUGUUUCUCUUGGACUGUAUUAAAACCACACUGAUCAAGAAAGGAGGUGUUUAUAUUGAAAUAUAAAAUUUUUAGUCUUUCUGAAAAUAUUUAUUGAACAAUUUCUCCUUCUCCUCUUCCUCUUCCUCCCCUCCCUCUCCCACUCCCCCUCCUUCAAAACCAGAUACCAUUCCAGGCCCUUAGCUAAAAUGUUACUAAAAUAUUCAUAGACUUUGCCAUUGUGAAGCUGAAAUUCUAGCAGAGGGAUAAUAAACAGAUAAACAAUAAAAUAUAAUUGAAAAACGUUUUCUGUUACAAAAUGACACAUGCUGUAGUAAAUAGAACAGGAUGUGGAGGACUGGGCAAAGGCAGUGAGAGAAAAAAGGCAAGCAAGGUAGUCAGGAGAGGCCUCAGCAGGAUUGAGCAAAGACUUGAAGAGCAGUGAUCCAAAUAGGAGGAAGAGCUAGAGCAGAGCCCCAGAGCCAGAGCAAGUCAGGCCACUGUGAAAAUCAGCAAAAAGGUCAGUGAGGCUGCAGUGGAUGAGAGGGGGAGAGUGACAGGUGAUGAAGUCAUGGAGACAACAUGAUCCAGACCCAUGGAUCUGGUUCUGUUGGGGGACAGACCUUGUCAGAUGCAUCUUUGUAUCCUCUUUGUUAAUCCACUGUGAUUAACACAAUGUUUGCAUGUGCCAGUUGCUCCAAUUGUGCAGCUUCAUUGAACAAAACCUUUGGGGAAACUGAGUAACAGGAAAGCAUUGCAAAGCGUCCUUCAGGAAAUGGACAGUCCUUCAGGAAAAGCGAGUGUAUGAGAAUAGGUACUGAUGUGGAUGUGGGACUCGACACUGGUUUUGAAGGCCUGCAAAACCAUUUACUGAAUUAGUGGGACUCUGAAUUAGUAUGAGGGAGGUUCCAGUGCAGCACUUUCUACACUGCAACCCUCUAAGGCUUCCUUGUACCAAGGGUGCUCUGCCUGCAGUUACCACUUUCAUUACCAUCUCUAGUAAGUAGCCAUUCUAAAGUACAAACUUGUGUCCCAUAACAAGGACACUUGGUUAUGGGGACACAUUCUGAGACAGGCUUCAUUAGGAUAUUUUGCCAUUGUGUCAGACCAGGACAGCUGUGACCUGUGAUUUCACUAGGCAAUAUAAUCUUAAGGGCCUCCAUUGAACAUGGAGUAUGUGGUUCAUCAUCAACCAAAACAUCUUUAUGUAGAGCCUGAAUGUAUUUAAAGUGCACCUUUUUCUUUGCAGCUGGUCUUGAAAACUAUUGCUGUUUUUUGUACAUGUUUUUAUUUCUGUAAUUGAUGAUGUGUUAUACAUAUCAGUGCUUUCAUUCAAAAUCUAGUUUUGAAGAUCAACCAUAUACAUGUAUAUAGUAAAAAACUUGCAUAUAUAGCAUGUAUCAUCUACAAGUUGCAUAUCAUAUGUAUAUCAUGCAUAUGUAUAACAUGGCAUCUUUUACAAAAUUGGUACUAAGUAAAUAUGUGUCAACAGAAGAAACAAGUUUUACUUUUUAUGCCAAUAAAAUAUUUGU